AUGGCGCAUUUCAUAGCCUGCAAGAAGACUGCUGAUGCAUCCAAUAUAGCCAAGUUGUUUUUUAGGGAAGUUGUUCGCUUGCAUGGAGUCCCUACAUCUAUAACUUCUGACCGUGAUACAAAAUUUUUUAGCCAUUUUUGGAUCACUUUGUGGAGAAUGUUUGGAACUACUUUGAACCGUAGUAGCACUGCACAUCCUCAAACUGACGGCCAGACUAAGGUGGAGUUUGCAUAUAACAGUGCAGUGCAUAGUGCAACAGGGAAGUCACCAUUUUCCAUUGUUUAUAUUGUUGUGCCUCAUCAUGUUGUUGAUUUGGUGAAGCUGCCUAAAGGCCAGAGAACUAGUGUUGCAGCGGGAAAAUUGGCUGAAGAAGUGGUGGCUAUUCGUGAUGAAGUGAAGCAAAAACUUGAACAAGCUAAUGCUAAGUACAAAGCCUUUGCAAACAAGCAUAGGCGAGUUAAGGUGUUUCAAGAAGGCGAUUCUGUGAUGGUGUUUCUGAGGAAGGAUAGGUUCCCUAUUGGUACAUAUAGCAAGCUGAAACCUAAGAAAUAUGGUCCUUACAAGGUGCUAAAAAGAAUCAAUGACAAUGCCUAUGUUAUUGAAUUACCAAAUUCCAUGGGAAUUUCCAAUACUUUUAAUGUUGCUGAUUUGUAUGAGUUUCGUGAAGAUGAAACCCUUUAUCCUGAACAUAACUCGGGGUCGAGUUCUUCAGAGGUGGAAGGGACUGAUGUAGAACAAAUGGCUAAAUGGAUUGAAGAAGAAUUGGAGCGAAGCAGGGAAAAAUGA